AUGGAGGUCCUGCAGCUCCUGCGCCUGCUCCUCACCACCGCCAUGCUGGGCCUCUCCCAGACAGUGAACCCCUUUGUAGCCCAGCAGACCCCCCCAGACCCUUGCUACGAUGAGAGUGGAGCUCCUCGCCGCUGCAUCCCUGAAUUCGUCAACGCCGCCUUCGGGAAGGAGGUUCAAGCCUCCAGCACGUGCGGGAAGCCCCCGACGCGGCACUGCAAUGCCUCGGACCCCCGCCGAGCCCACCCACCCGCCUACCUGACCGACCUCAACACCGCCUCCAACAUGACAUGUUGGCGCUCGGAGACCCUCCACCACUCGCCCCAGAACGUCACCCUCACCCUCUCCCUCGGCAAGAAGUUUGAGGUGGUCUACGUCAGCCUCCAGUUCUGCUCGCCCCGGCCCGAGUCCACCGCCAUCCUCAAAUCCAUGGACUACGGCAAGACCUGGGUGCCGUACCAGUACUACUCCUCCCAGUGCCGUAAGAUCUAUGGCAAACCCAGCAAAGCCACAGUCACCAAGCAGAACGAGCAGGAGGCCCUCUGCACCGAUGGCCUCACCGACCUCUACCCCCUCACCGGCGGGCUCAUCGCCUUCAGCACUCUCGACGGGCGACCCUCCGCCCAGGACUUUGACAGCAGCCCCGUGCUCCAGGACUGGGUGACGGCCACCGACAUCCGCGUGGUCUUCAGCCGCCCACAUCUCUUCCGCGACCUAGGUGGCCGGGAUGCCGGCGAGGAGGAGGGGGGCACCAGCUCAACCCCUUAUUACUAUGCGGUGGGGGAACUGCAGGUCGGCGGGCGCUGCAAAUGCAAUGGGCAUGCGGCGCGCUGCGUGAAGGACAAGGAGCAGAAGCUGGUGUGCGACUGCAAGCACAACACGGAGGGUCCCGAGUGCGACCGCUGCAAACCCUUCCACUACGACCGGCCCUGGCAGCGGGCCAGUGCCCGUGAGGCCAACGAGUGUCUGGCCUGCAACUGCAACCUCCACGCCCGGCGCUGCCGCUUCAACAUGGAGCUGUACAAGCUCUCGGGCAGGAAGCGCUGCGCUGGUCUCCAGGGGCUCAUCUCCGUCGGCAGAGGCCAUACCUUGGCCAAGUUCUUCAUCUGCUGGCGCUCCUGCCAUGCUGCUCGCAGCACAUCCUGCGACUGCCACCCCGUUGGCGCGGCCGGCAAGACUUGCAACCAGACGACGGGGCAGUGCCCAUGCAAGGACGGCGUCACCGGCCUCACCUGCAACCGCUGUGCCAAGGGCUACCAGCAGAGCCGCUCACCGGUGGCCCCCUGCAUCAAGAUCCCUGCCAUCAACCCCACCUCCCUGGUCACCAGCACGGAGGCACCUGCAGACUGUGACUCCUACUGCAAGCCAGCUAAGGGCAACUACAAGAUUAACAUGAAAAAGUACUGCAAGAAAGACUAUGUGGUCCAGGUGAACAUCCUGGAAAUGGAGACAGUGGCCAACUGGGCCAAGUUCACCAUCAACAUCCUCUCUGUCUACAAGUGUCGCGACGAGCGGGUCAAGCGGGGCGACAACUUCUUGUGGAUUCACCUGAAAGACCUGUCCUGCAAGUGCCCCAAGAUCCAGAUCAGCAAGAAGUACUUGGUCAUGGGGAUCAGCGAAAACUCCACUGACCGGCCAGGACUAAUGGCCGACAAGAACAGCCUGGUCAUCCAGUGGCGGGAUGCCUGGACACGCCGUCUUCGGAAACUGCAGCGGCGGGAGAAGAAGGGGAAGUGCGUGAAGCCCUGA